AUGAGUUCUGACAAGAAGGAAGACCAAAGAGACGAGGCCACAAAUGAUAUUGAGGAGAUUGAGCUAGCUGAGCCGCUGAAGGGCAAUGAUCAAACUAAUUUGAGCAGUAUCGAGUCUACAGCUGCCUCAAAGACAGCCUGGCUGAUAGCGAUCGUGGUUUCCAUCGGUGGACUCUUGUUUGGCUACGAUACUGGUUACAUUUCGGCGGUUCUUGUCACCAUCGAUGACUCGCUCGGUCAUGUCCUGAGCUCCAGCGAGCAGGAAAUGGUGACUUCUUUGACAAGUGGCGGCGCUCUGGUUGGAGCAGUGGGGGCAGGUCUUACUGCUGAUCGCCUUGGUCGCCGCUGGCCUAUCUGGGGAGCCUGCUUCACAUUCGUCGUUGGGACGGCUCUCCAGACCUGCGCAUUUUCCGUCGGUCAGUUUGCGACUGGGAGAUUUGUCGUUGGUCUUGGAGUAGGGAGUGCCUCGAUGAUUGUGCCCAUGUACAUUGGUGAAAUAGCGCCAGCACAGUACCGUGGCCGCAUGGUGGCAUUCAACAACAUGAGUGUCACCUUUGGACAGCUUCUUGCGAGUGCUGUUGGUGCUGGGCUUGCCCAUGUGAAAGGUGAAGGGUGGCGCGCCACUGUCGGCAUCGGUGCAGCCCCAGCGCUCGCACUUGGAGCCCUUCUUUUCAUCUGCCCCGAGUCACCACGUCAACUUGUCUCCCAUGGUGAUCUAGAUGCAGCAACGGCCGUUUUGCGGCGAAUUUACCCCAGGUCUACGGCCGAACAACGUCAAGCCAAGAUCAGAUCCAUUGAAAUAUCUCUUCAAGAAGCGACUGAGGCAAUGACCAGGGAGUCGAUAUGGACUACCUUCAAGCGGAUUUUCACCACCCCAUCCACCGCCCGCGCAACUGCCACUGCAUGCAUGAUAAUGGCCAUUAGCCAACUGGGGGGUUUCAAUACCUUGAUGUACUAUGCCGCGACGCUGUUCUCGAUUGUCGGGUUUGACAACCCCACGGCUGUUGGGAUCACGGUUUCUGCCACCAACUUUGUCUUCUCCUUUGUCAGCUUGUUUCUCGUUGAUAAGUUCGGAAGACGGAUGAUCCUCUCCAUAACUAUGCUGGGGAUGGCGAUUUGUAUGGUUGUUGCUGCCAUUGCAUUCCACUAUAUCCCGGUGGAUACCACGACUUUGAAACUAGUGACUGCACAUGUCGGUUGGCCUGGAACUUUGGUUCUUGUUGCUAUAAUAUGCUACGUUGCGUGUUUCUCCUCGGGUGUUGCAACUAUUGCCUGGAUUGGCACGGAACUGAUUCCGCUGGAGGUACGGGCAAUAGGUACAAUGCUGAACACAGUCACUUGCUGGAGCACCAAUAUCAUCAUCUCUUCCACCUUUCUCUCAAUGAUGAAAAGCUGGACUCCCAGCGGGGCGUUUGGAUUCUAUUCGGGCAUUUGCUUCUCUGGGUGGGUAUUCGUCAUCUUCCUCUAUCCUGAAUGUAAGGGCAUGCCCUUGGAAGCGAUCAGAGACGUAUUUAAAGAUGGAUUUGGAGUAAAAUAUUCGAAGCAGUGGCAGAGGGAGCACAAAGACGAUGUCAAAGUUCAGACCAUCGUUAUGGGGCAUUAG